AUGAUCGGCAUCAAAACAUUUUAAGAUUUCAUAGACUUUGUGAAUUGGAUGUGAACAGAAGUCUUAAAGUUUUGAUAUUAAAGAAUUUAAGACGAGUAAAGCUGUGGCUGUUCCUGAUUUUCAUUCUAACUCUUCUCGCGUAUAAUUUCGAGAAUUCAAGACGAAGAUUUAAAAAUACGCCACCCGGACCCUGGGCUAAUUAUAUUCCAUUUAUUGGCUACUUACCAUUCCUGAAUCCACAAAAGCCCGAACAGUCGCUCACGAAACUCGCUGAAAAAUAUGGAAAAAUAUUCAGCUUACAAAUGGGAUCAAUUUUUACUGUGGUGUUGUCAGAUGCAACUUUAAUGAGAGAAGCAUUCAAACGUGAUGAAUUUUUAGGGCGAGCACCUCUUCGAGUAACUCACGGAAUAUUCCAUGGUUAUGGUCUGAUUUGCAUCGAGGGUGCUCUGUGGAAAGAUCAGCGUUCUCUCGUACAAAAGUGGUUACGUGAUCUCGGCAUGGUGAAGUUUGGUUUGAAGCGUGAACUCAUGCAACAACGAAUAAUGAAUGGAAUCAACAAUUGCAUCAGUGAGUUUAAAAGUUUGCAUUUAAAUGAAGUCAACCCAGCAUCUGUUAUCAUGAAUGCGAUUGGAAAUAUUGCAAAUGAUGUUGUGUUUGGUGUCACUUUUGAUAAGAAUGACGAAACAUGGAAAUAUUUAUUACAUUUACAAGAAGAAGGCGUGAAACUUGUAGGUGUCAAUAGUGGAGCUAACUUUCUCCCUUUUCUUAGAUUUCUGCCAGACAACAAAAAGAACAUGAAAUUUCUCUUAAGCGGAAUAGAAGCGACACAUAAAAUAUAUGAUGGAAUUGUGGAUGAAUGCGAGAAGACAUUGAACACUUCAGAGUGCCGCGAUUCCAUUUUAAGAAGAUUUUUAUUGGAGAAACGUGACAGAGAGGAAAGAAACGAUGGGUUAGCAAACAACUGCAGUCGAAAGCAACUUAAUUACCUCUUAGCUGACAUGUUCGGUGCUGCACUUGACACAACAUCACAUACUUUAAGAUGGUACUUGCUUUUGAUUGCGUUGAAUCUCGAUGUUCAAGAGAAGGUUUAUCAAGAGAUGAAAAAUCACGGCUUAAAGGAAGAAUAUUUGCUUGAUGACGUUGCUCAACUGCAUUAUCUUAAAGCUACAAUAGCUGAAACUCAACGAUUGAAGACAGUUGCACCAUGUGGCAUUCCACAUGGAAAUCCUUACACCGACACAACUCUUGAAGGAUAUUACAUUCCCAAAAACACAAUGAUUCUUCCCUUAAUAUGUGCAGUGCAUUUGGAUAAGACAAUGUGGGAAAAUCCAGAAAUUUACAAUCCCAAUCGCUUCAUUGAUUCAAAUGACAUUUUCUUCACACCCUCAAACUUCAUUCCAUUUCAGACUGGCAAAAGGAUGUGUGUGGGUGAAGAAUUGGCAAAAAUGGUUUUGCAAUUAUUUUGUGCAAAUGUUUUACUCAACUUUCGAAUCAGACCUGGACAAGAUGCGGCAACAUGGGACUUGUCAGGAAUAAGUGGACUUACACUUAGUCCUCCAGACUUUCAAUUGAUUUUCGAAAAACGCUGA